CCCUCAGUGGCGUUGUUCGGGCGAGCCGAGACGAGACCGCUGCCGUCUGGAAAAAAUUUGUCGUGUGGUAGACCUGAACAUUCUUGGCAUUUAGCAUUUUCCCAACGCCCGAAAAAACAAGUGUUUCAUAUUUUUUCAAACAUUUUCCAGCUAGUUUUCUAAAUCAUCCUGGAGAAUGGCUUCCGCUGAGGUGAAUGGUAGUUCGGCCCCAGUAAAGGAAGAAGAGGAGCCUAUGGAUGUGACUACAACUACAACUCACACUGAAAACUACCAGACCCUCAUUGAUGCAGGGCUUCCCCAGAAAGUGGCUGAAAAUCUAGACAACAUUUUCCAAACAGGCCUGGUAGCGUAUGCAGAUCUGGAUGAAAGGGCCAUUGAUGCUCUACGGGAGUUCAAUGAGGAGGGAGCUCUAACAGUCCUGCAGCAGUUUAAGGAGAGCGAUCUGUCCCAUGUGCAGAAUAAAAGUGCGUUUCUUUGUGGAGUUAUGAAGACGUAUAGGCAGAGAGAAAAACAAGGCAGUAAGGUACAAGAGUCCACUAAAGGCCCAGAUGAGGCAAAAAUAAAGGCUCUCUUGGAGCGAACAGGAUACACCCUAGAUGUCACCACGGGACAAAGAAAGUAUGGAGGCCCCCCACCUGAGGAGAUGUUCAAAGGCACACAUCCAGGGAUUGGAACAGAGGUGUUUGUAGGAAAAAUCCCCAGAGAUUUGUAUGAAGACGAGCUUGUGCCCCUGUUUGAGUCUGCAGGUCCCAUCUGGGACCUGAGGUUAAUGAUGGACCCCCUUUCUGGUCAAAACAGAGGAUACGCUUUCAUCACAUACUGCAACAAGGACGAUGCCCAAAAGGCCGUCAAGCUUUGUGAUAACCACGAAAUCCGCCCUGGCAAGUAUUUGGGAGUUUGUAUAUCUGUUGCAAACAACCGGCUGUUUGUUGGAUCAAUUCCCAAAAACAAGACGAGGGAAAGUAUACUGGAAGACUUCGGCAAGGUUACAGAGGGUCUUCAGGAUGUGAUUUUGUACCACCAGCCAGACGAUAAGAAGAAGAACCGUGGCUUCUGCUUUCUGGAGUACGAGGACCACAAGUCUGCAGCACAAGCUCGGCGGCGUCUAAUGAGUGGGAAGGUGAAGGUUUGGGGCAACCCCGUCACCGUUGAGUGGGCUGACCCUGUAGCUGAACCCGACCCAGAGGUCAUGGCAAAGGUGAAGGUGCUUUUUGUAAGGAAGCUGGCAACAGCAGUGACUGAGGAGCUGCUGGAGAAGACCUUCUCACAGUUUGGAAAGCUGGAACGAGUGAAAAAACUCAAAGACUACGCCUUUGUCCACUUUGAAGAAAGGGACGCUGCUGUACAGGCGAUGGAAGGAAUGAACGGGAAAGAACUCGGAGGAGAGGAAAUUGAAAUAGUUUUGGCAAAGCCCCCCGACAAGAAGAGGAAAGAGCGCCAGGCGGCCCGGCAGACCACCAGGAAUGCGGGAUAUGACGACUACUACUACUAUACCCCCCCUCGUAUGCCGCCUCCAGGUCGGGGCAGGGGCCGCGGUGGCAGAGGGGGCUAUGCCUAUCCGCCUGAUUAUUACGGUUAUGAAGACUACUAUGAUGAUUACUAUGGCUACGACUAUCAUGACUACCGCGGGGGCUACGAGGACCCUUACUAUGGCUACGAAGACGUCUAUAGCAUGAGGGGCCGCGGCACUCGUCCCAGCAGGGGGGGGCCUCCUCCACCUAGGGCGCGAGGAGCUCCGCCGGCACGAGGUCGAGGUGGCUACCCUCAACGAGGACCGCCCCUCGGCGGGCCACGGGGUGGCCGUGGCGGGCGGGGUGCCCCUUUCCAACCCCAAAGGGGGCGUGGUCUUCGCGGUGCUAGGGGCAACCGCGGCGGAAACGUGGGCGGGAAGAGGAAGGCAGAUGUGUUUAACCAGCCUGACUCCAAGCGCCGCCAGACCAACAACCAGCAGAACUGGGGGUCCCAGCCCAUCGCCCAGCAGCCCCUGCAGCAAGGGGCCGACUAUUCCGGUGGAGAAGCAUUGAGAGCGGCACCACUAGCAUGAGGAACUCACCUGAACGGUACUCAAGGGUGAGCUAGACUUGCACAGAGUACUGUCUCCUCUCCUGUCAUCUAAUCACUGGAGAACCUCUUAGAAAUCUUUUUUUUUUUGCUUCAGUUACUAUCCUUAAAUCAGGCUUGUGUUCCUUCUUUUAAUCUGUUGAUAUUUUUCCUUUUCUUUAUGCCUCAAACGAGAAAAGUCCCCGAAAUUGACUGGAGAUUUUUCAGAAAAUGUUGAGAAACGCACACUUGUUUUGGUUUAAUGAAGUGGUUCUAAAUUUUCAUUUGGUAGAAGGUUUCCAUAAAUGACAAGAAAGCAAACCCAAAUAUGUUUUUAAAUAUAAAGCGAGGGCAUCCACCUGCCUGCGCACAUGCUUGCCACACGUGAGAGGUGGAUGUUUUCCCUUUCUCUGCCACUAGAAGCAGCUGCAUAUUUCCUGUGUUUGUUGCUGCUUUUUUCUAUUCCUAUUAAGACAUAAAAGGGUAUUUAAAAAUUGCAACACUAUUAAAAAUAUCAAUUUUUUUAAACUGAGAACACAAAAGCAGGAAUACUAAAGUCAUUUUUUAGAAAUUGACUGAUUUUUGGAACAAAGGCUGCUUCUCAUAAUUGGUUGCUUUUCCUUUUAAGGCCACUAGAUGGCAGCACAGGUCAUUCAUAUUUCACAGAGGGAAGCGGGGCAUGGAAGACGCAACAUAGAAUCAGUCUAGCUGUGUGAUUUAGUUGUGAACUACAGUCAGUCAUUGUACUUAACCAGCUUCUCACACCAGAACUGUCUUCAUAUGUUGCCUCUCGUCACCAGGCAGUAAAGGAGCUGCCCGCAUCCAUGUGAAUGAGUUUACAGAUUCGGAAGAGACUUUUUGGUAAGACUGUUCAUUAUCACAUGAUUUAGGAAAUAUGAGCAUGUUUGUUAACAAAGUCCUCUCUUAUAAUCUAUAAGUAGUUGAGUCAAAAGGGGGCCUAACCUGAAAGCAGUACAGCAAACCGUAGUGGUCAUGCUUUUAGUUUGAAAAUCCUGCUGAUGAUGCCUGGAUGCAUUUUGAACAAAGUGUUGGGUUGUUUCUGUCUUGUUUGGCUCUUCUGUAGUUCAGGGUCUUAAAAUGGAUCUCCACCAGGUACCCUUGUAGGAUUUCACACCUCACCUGAGCUCGGCGGCCUCCUGUCCAGAUCACAGGUGAGAAAAACAGUGUUUUACUCAUUCAUUUUUUUUUCCUACCCUUUAAUCCCUUUCGGGGUCACGGGGCUGCCGGAGCCUAUCCCGGCCACUUGUGGGCGAAGGCGGGGGACACCCUGGACAGUUCGCCAGUCUGUCGCAGGGCCACAAACCACACACCCAUUCACUCUCACACUCACACCCAGGGACGAUUUAGAGUUGCCAAUUGACAUAUGAAGCAUGUUUUCGGACAGUGGGAGGACGCUGGAGAGAACGCACGCAUGCACAGGGAGAACAUGAAAACUCCACACAGAAAGGUCCCCCAUUGGUGUUCUGGUUCAGACCCCCCAGCCGGAAAAAAGAAAACACUUUUUACUAGCUGGUUAUUAUCACUAUACAUUUGGGUUUUUCUGCCCGUCUGUCACCUGUAAACGGGUGAUCUGUGGACUAAUUGUUCUCAUGUGAUUACUAUAACAAAUGUGUAAUUUAAAACAUGUUUUUUUUUUUUUUACAUUGUCAUCAGAAUAAAUAAGUGCAAACAAAAAA